AACAACACUGAAUAUUUGAGGCAUCAUUCACACAUAUGCAAUAUGCAAUAGUAAUAUUGGUUACAAUACAAGUUAUACAGUCCAAAAUGUAUGCGUGCAGGAUUUGCUGGCAUAUGCAUCACAGGAGCGGACAGAGUCAGCGAGCGAGUAAGAGUGAGAGAGGGGAGUGGUGUGAUUGGACAGGGGGAGGGGUAGAGAGCCAGAGACUGGCUUGUUGUUCAGGCUGCUGACGUGAGUGGCUUCAUUCAAGAAACCCAUGAAUAUUAAAUCAACCCCAGCCGCCACACUGCGCCGCAUAGGAGCCGUUUUUCACGCCAGCUCACCGUCCUCCUGCUCCCGCUGACCCUGACAGAACGAUAGCGAGCGACUAACAGGACAGCAGAGGAAACGGCCAUGCGGAAAAGCGAGAAAAUGAGAAUGCUUGCUUGAAAAAACAGGGAUGCUGGACUCAGAGAUGAUAUGCUCCGCCUCCUCUUUUCCUCCUCUCUCGUCACAUCACUCCAUCCCCACACUGCAGCCGCACUGAAUGAAUGAAGCAGAGCCCAACGCUUUCAUGUAGCCCCUCAUGGCCACCAGCACUGCCAGUAACUCGAACCGCAGCUCGCCGGCCUGCUCACCUGUCCUGCGUAAACGCUCGCGCUCCCCAACGCCCCAGAGUCCAGAGGGAGAGAACAUGGUGGAAAAGAGCUCCGAUCAUUCCUCCGAUAAAUCCCCCUCCACCCCGGAACAGGCCGUCCAGCGCACCUACAGCCAGUCGCUUCACACCACCCGCCCCGCAGGGAAGAACUCCAAGUCACACAAGAGACUGUCUAAAAAAAGUCAAAGCUGGUAUAACGUUUUGAGUCCCACAUACAAACAGCGAAAUGAAGACUUCAGGAAGCUCUUUAAGCAGCUGCCUGACACAGAGCGCCUCAUUGUGGACUACUCCUGUGCCCUGCAGAGAGAUAUCCUCCUGCAGGGUCGCCUCUACCUCUCUGAAAACUGGAUCUGUUUCUAUAGCAACAUAUUCCGCUGGGAAACGCUGCUGACUGUGAAGUUGAAAGAUGUUUGCUCCAUGACGAAAGAGAAGACUGCUAGACUCAUCCCCAAUGCCAUCCAGCUGUGCACAGACAGUGAAAAGCACUUUUUUACCUCAUUCGGGGCAAGAGAUCGGACGUACAUGAUGAUGUUCAGACUCUGGCAAAAUGCUCUACUGGAAAAGCCAUUGUGUCCCAAAGAGCUGUGGCACUUUGUCCAUCAGUGUUAUGGGAAUGAACUGGGUCUGACCAGUGAUGAUGAGGAUUAUGUACCUCCUGAUGACGACUUCAACACCAUGGGGUACUGUGAGGAGAUUCCCGCUGAAGAAAACGAGGCCAAUGACAACUGCCCCAAAACCCCAGAUGCCAAAAUGGACAUCAGCCCCCAGCUCCACAGGAAGGUUUUCCCCAACAGCAGUCUGAAUUCCACAGACAGCACAGACGCUCCGGUCAACUUUGACGUGCCCCCAGUGGAGGACUUUAGUGGCUGUGUCCCUGAAGACCUCCUACCCCUGCCGUUACCUGACAACAAGCUGCCAGAGACUAGUGGCUCCGCCCAUGUCCCCACCCCCUCACCCUCCCUUGACUUCAACGACAAUGAGGACCUUCCCACUGAACUCAGCGACUCGUCAGAAACACAUGAUGAGGCAGGGGAAGUGCAGGCCUUCCAGGAAGAUCUGAAUGGGAAACUGUACAUUAAUGAAGUGUAUAAGUUCAGUGUGGAUAAAAUGUAUGACAUCCUCUUCACUGAAUCCCAGUUCAUGAGAGAGUUUCUGGAGCAGAGACGCUUUUCAGAUGUGGUCUAUCACCCAUGGAAGAAAGAGGACACUGGUAAUCAGACCAGAGAGAUCAUGUACACCAUCUCCCUCUCCAAUCCACUGGCCCCAAAGACGGCCACAGUCACAGAGACGCAGACUCUGCACAAGGCCAGUCAAGUGAGCGAGUGCUACAUCAUCGACGCUGAGGUGAUUGCUCACGAUGUCCCGUAUCACGAUUACUUUUACACGCUCAACCGCUACAUGCUCACCAGAGUCGCCAAGAACAAGUGCCGCCUGAGGGUAUCAGCUGAACUACGCUACAGGAAGCAGCCAUGGGGACUGGUCAAGGGCUUCAUUGAGCGAAACUUCUGGAGUGGCCUGGAUGAAUAUUUUAGGUAUUUAGAGCUGGAGUUGAGUAAGGUACAGCUGGUGCUAUCUGAACCUCACACACAGUCUCCCAAAUCCAAAGCGCUACGCACAGCUACAAUGAGGCGGAGGAAACGGCCCCUGACGCACAUGAGGCAGCAGCACCUGGACGAGGCGCUCAGCCCCGUCACCACACCUGAGGAUGAGAAGAGUGUCAUCCAUCGCAUCAAACACGUGGCAGGAUCCACACAGACCAGACACAUCCCAGACCAUGGAUCUGAAGGCCUGGCUCUCUACAGUGUUUCCAAACUCCUGCUUAUAAUCAGCUCUGUGAUUUGUGUAAGCCUGGUGCUGCUGGUCUUUUUGAACAUGAUGCUGUUUUAUAAGCUCUGGAUGCUGGAAUACACUGCUCAGGGUUUGACUUCCUGGCAGGGUUUCAGAUCUCAUGAAAGUAAACUUCCAGAGACACAGAUUGAAUGGGCUCAACUUUUGAAAUCUCAGCAGCGUUACCAUGAAAACGAGCUGGAGAAAUGGAAGGAAAUAAUAAAGUCGUCUGUGCUUUUGUUAGAUGAGAUGAGAGAGUCUCUAAUGAAGCUACAGAAAGGUAUCGGGUUAAAAGACUACAAUUCAGACAGUGAAGAAAGUCGCUAUCACUGACAAACAGAGUCCCGGCUCAGCGAAUGUGAUGAACAUCUCCACAUGUAAGCGAUCAGAUGAGCUGAGCUGAGCUGGCAUGGUAAGUGGGCGGCACUGACUGAACGGCUCUCACAGGCCAGCUGACAGCAGACACUGAAGGAAACCCAGUACUGUAAGUUCUCUGUCUCCUCCGUGAUGAAAGAGAUGGGG